GCCCGGGGGCGGCGCGGUCCUCCGGGGAUGGCGGCCCUGGUGGUAAACAAGCCCGGAGCGGGCCUGGACUGCGCCCGGCAGGGCAGCCGGGCUACGGCGGUGGUGAAGGUGCUGGAGUGUGGAGUUUGUGAAGACGUCUUUUCUUUACAAGGAGACAAAGUCCCUCGCCUUCUGCUUUGUGGCCACACAGUUUGUCAUGAUUGUCUCACUCGUCUGCCUCUUCAUGGAAGAGCAAUUCGUUGCCCUUUUGACCGACAAGUAACAGAUUUAGGAGAUUCGGGUGUCUGGGGAUUGAAAAAGAAUUUUGCUUUACUGGAGCUUUUAGAACGACUGCAGAAUGGACAUAUUGGUCAGUAUGGGCCUGCAGAGGAAGCCAUUGGAAUAUCUGGAGAGAGCAUCAUCCGUUGUGAUGAAGAUGAAUCUCAUGUUGCAUCUGUAUAUUGCACUGUGUGUGCCACUCACCUGUGCUCAGAGUGUUCUCAGGUUACUCACUCUACAAAGACAUUAGCAAAGCACAGGCGAGUGCCACUAGCCGAUAAGCCUCAUGAGAAGACCAUGUGCUCUCAGCAUCAGGUGCAUGCCAUUGAGUUUGUUUGCUUGGAAGAAGGCUGUCAGUCUGGCCCACUUAUGUGCUGUGUAUGCAAAGAAUAUGGAAAACACCAAGGUCACAAGCAUUCGGUACUGGAACCGGAAGCUAACCAGAUCCGAGCAUCAAUUUUAGAUAUGGCUCACUGCAUACGAACCUUCACUGAGGAAAUCUCCGAUUAUUCUAGAAAAUUAGUUGGAAUCGUUCAGCACAUUGAAGGAGGUGAACAGAUAGUGGAAGAUGGAAUUGGAAUGGCUCACACAGAACAUGUACCAGGUACUGCAGAGAAUGCCAGGUCAUGUGUCCGAGCUUAUUUUUCUGAUCUGCAUGAAACACUCUGUCGUCAAGAAGAAAUGGCUCUAAGUGUUGUGGAUGCUCAUGUUCGAGAAAAACUGAUCUGGCUUAGGCAGCAACAGGAAGAUAUGACUAUUCUGUUGUCCCAGGUUUCAACAGCGUGUCUCCAUUGUGAAAAGACUCUGCAGCAGGAUGACUGCAGAGUUGUCUUGGCAAAACAAGAAAUUACAAGGUUACUAGAAACACUGCAGAAACAGCAGCAGCAGUUCACAGAGGUUGCAGAUCAUAUUCAAUUAGAUGCUAGCAUACCUGUUACUUUCACAAAGGACAAUAGAGUUCAUAUUGGACCAAAAAUGGAAAUUCGAGUUGUUACAUUAGGAUUAGAUGGUGCUGGAAAAACUACAAUUUUAUUUAAGUUAAAACAGGAUGAGUUCAUGCAGCCUAUUCCAACAAUCGGUUUUAAUGUGGAAACUGUAGAAUAUAAAAAUCUAAAGUUCACUAUUUGGGAUGUUGGUGGAAAACACAAAUUAAGGCCAUUGUGGAAACAUUAUUACCUUAAUACCCAAGCUGUUGUAUUCGUUGUUGACAGCAGUCAUAGAGACAGAGUUGGUGAGGCACACAGUGAACUUGCAAAAUUGUUAACAGAAAAAGAACUUCGAGAUGCUUUGCUCCUGAUUUUUGCUAACAAACAGGAUGUUGCUGGAGCUCUCUCAGUAGAAGAAAUCACUGAACUCCUUAGUCUCCACAAACUGUGUUGUGGCCGUAGCUGGUACAUUCAGGGCUGUGAUGCUCGGAGCGGCAUGGGAUUGUAUGAGGGGCUGGACUGGCUCUCCCGGCACCUUGUGGCUGCUGGAGUGCUGGACGUGGCUUGAUUCUAAAGUAGCACUGUUCAAGUCUUAUGGCUAAGAGUCAUUUUGCACAUACGCUAUAAGGAAUUCUGCAUCUAAAAAACGGUUGGUUGAGAAUGUGUGUAUGAAAGGCAUUUUGGAUUGGAGAUUUAGUACGAUACCCUGUUUAAAAGUAAUUCUGUAGUGAAAUGUAAGUACCUCAAGUAGAUAAAAGUCGGAUUAAGUAGGGAAUUCUUGAAUAUGCUUUUUUUUUAAAUGUACAUUUGUUACUUAAGUCUUUUUUUUUAAAUUAUAUGUGACUAUAGAUUGGAACAGCAGUCACAGAGAAGGGACAAGUGAAGGUUGAUUCUUUCAGUGAACAAAAGAACAGCCAUUUGAGUGCCCGAUGGAACCUGUGUUAGCAAGUAAGCCAUCGCUGCUGCUUCCACUUGCCUCCUCACUGAAGUUUGGCAGUAUUUAAAUAGUUGCAAGACAUUGCAAAAAUUGUGGUCACUUAAUGGGUUGGAACCCAAACUGCAUCUUUGAGUCACAGGGUCACUUUACAUGGAGUGUAACAGAUCCUUUAAUGGUAAGAUAUAAGCUAUAGGUUAUAUUUUUUACAGUGUUUUAUUAACUUUCUCAAAAAUAUUUUGUAAAAAACCCCGUGAGUCAGAAUGGAAUGUUAUUUAAGUAGUCCUGAUCGUCAGAUUAGUAUGAAACUGAAAAACAAUAAUAAAACUGUGAAAGUCAAGUUUUAUUCUAGUUUACCUUCCCUUCUGAAAGACCUGCUUCAGUGAUGGAAGUGCUAUGUUCCCUAAAGUGGUCCUUCUAUUUUUCAAUAUAUUUAAAGAUAAUAGUGUUUUAUCUUUAGUGGGAAUGACUAGGUAAAAUGUGUAGUAAGUGACACAUAAAACCAAGGUUGGCUUUACAUAAAAGAUACAGAUCCAAGAAAACUCUUAAGUCAUUUAAAUAGUGGGGGAUACUUGUUACAUGAAUUCCUUUAAAACUUUUCCCAGAUUAGUGUAUUAAUCUUGAUACAUGUAUUCAAGGCAUGUAGUGAAAGCGCCUUGAAAAGUUAAAAGACUGUGUCUAAGGAAAGAAGAAACAAAGUUUAUUGUACAGCAGUUCAGGAGUUUGCUAGUUUAAAAAAAUGUGCGCUUUACUGUGUUUCAUUUUUUAUAUGUGGGGGUAAGUUUGUGUUUCAGCCUGGCACAGCCCACAUUCUGGAGUCAUGGGGUCGCUGCAGGCAGUGGUCAGGGACCAUGCAGUGUUAGGCUUGAACCUGGGCCUCCCAUAUGCAAGGCAUGCAUGCACUCAGCCCUUUGAGCCCUCUACAGUCAUGUGUUUCAUUUUUGAAGGGUACUCCCUUAUGGCAGUAUGAUUCAUUAUAUUUAAACAUUGCUAGAUUUUUUUCUAAUACUCUAUAAUUUAGGAUGAACUUUGAGUCCUAAGUCUUACUAGUUGAACUGCUAUGAAGAAAUUGGUAUCUUGUGACAUGAUGUGACUUUUAGGUGGCACUGUUUUGUUUCAGUCUCUUUAAACUUACUGUUUUUAAUUUAAAAACACUAAGUUUUAGAAAUGAAUUUUUUAAAAAGUCCAAUGUUACAGACAAUGUGUAAAUAAGUAAAUAUAUUUCAUCCUUUACUUUUCAAGUAAAAGGUCAUGCUAUUGCAAGUGUACUUUGUGUGUAUAUUAAUACUUCUAAAUUAUUUAGUAUUUGACAAUAACUGUGAAAAAUAAAAAGGUGUUGCAUUUGCCUGUGAACCCUUGAACGGUUUUCUUUACUAGGUAAUUGGGGAAAAAAGUUUUAACACUAACAUGUAAACUUGCUUUCCUUGUAAAUUGUUUCAUCAGUUUUGCUAAACUUUAUAUUCCUUAGCAUAUUACUGAACACAAUUUAAAUAUUAAACUAUUACUUAAACCUAAUUAUAAUGUACAUAAUUAUAGUGUUUCUGUGUGAUUUUUUUU